AUGGAUGAAAUGUCUGUAAAACUACACAGGAAACAGUUUACACUGAGUGACACACACACAAACACACAAUCUACAAGAAUACGAGACUCAUGUUACCAAGGGAAAGCAAUUUGUAUGUACACUGUAUUUAACUCAAAAUAUGCAGCAUGGGUUUCCAUUCAGUGUCAUUGCACAGUAGUUUACUUCCCACAUUCUGUUAUCCUGCAAGAUAAGGGCCAUCUCAUGCACAAUGAGUUGUGUUCAAUCCAGUAUCAAUACUCAAUCAGCAGUGAAGAAGACUCCUUCAUUCACCACAACGCAGAUAUCAAGUACAUGUUCAUGUUUGGGUGGUCACAGAGUGCGUGCAACACCACUCUCCACUGA